CGUGCCUGGAACAGAGAGAGAAACGUAUGCUAUAUAAACACAAGUGAUGAGAGGAAAAUUAUCAUUCACAUCAGAGACAGAUUUGAGUAUACUUCACACAUCGUACGAGAUGAGUUCUCCAUCGUUCAUCUUACCAGAUAGCCCACCCCCGCAGCGUGUGCUCAACUAUUGGCAGCGCAAAGCUGCCGAGUCGUGUGCCGGCUUAUCUGCUGCUGCUGCUGCCGCUGCCGCCUCCGCUGCCUCCCCCGCCUCCUCCUCCGCCUCACCCCUGAAGAGACAGGGAAUCUUCGUACAACGAGAGAGGGGUGAGGAGAUCAUCAUCGGGGACAGUCCUCUCCCUCAAUCAUUACCGACUACCUGGGCACUGCGCCGUGCGGUGCUGACAACCCUAUCAAACAGCAUCAGGGAGAGGCAGGCGAAGAGGAAAUUAACGUUCGAGGAGCCUGAAGUUAGCGGGGAAGAGGAGGAGGAGGUGCUCACUCAAUCAAAGAAACGUGUUCCGGAAGAGAACUCAUCCAUGCUACCGCUGAUGGAGGAGGUGCGUCGAAGGGAGGAGGAGGAAGCGGAGAAUGAGAUGGACGUGGAGACGGAGGAGUUGCUCGCCAUUAUAAAUCAUACUGAGAAACCGUGGACGUCUCUCCGGCAGUUGGUGGAGGACACGCCGUACCCCAUCGUGGGGGUAUGGCAGAUUACCAACCAACAUGGUCGCCGGGUAAUUUUAAAAGUGCAUUUAACAUCUGUACGACUGACGGACAUAUACAUGCCGGAGAGCACCUCAUUUGUGUCUCCCUGCUUCGCCUGUGGCCGCUCCCCGUAG